GGCAUAAUUUGGUGGAGUCGUUUAGACCGGUCGCUUCAACAUGUCCGAGCAAUCCGAGUCCAGCGGCCUCAGCGAUGAUGCAGCCUUCAAUCAUUGUUCCGACCCCGAUCCCAGUACGAAGGAUUUUCUGUUGCAACAGACAAUGUUAAGAAUAAAAGAUCCUAAAAAGUCACUGGAUUUUUAUACUAGAGUUCUUGGAAUGACCCUAAUCCAGAAGUGUGACUUCCCUGCUAUGAAAUUCUCCCUCUACUUCCUGGCUUAUGAAGAUAAAAAUGAUAUUCCAAAAGAUAUGAAGGAGAAAACGGCAUGGGCCUUUUCUAGGAAGGCUACUCUAGAGCUGACACAUAACUGGGGCACAGAAAAUGAUGAGAAUCAAACUUACCACAGUGGCAAUUCAGACCCCAGAGGAUUUGGUCACAUUGGAAUUGCUGUUCCUGAUGUAAAUGCAGCUUGCAAAAGAUUUGAGGAACUGGGAGUGAAAUUUGUUAAAAAACCAGAUGAUGGUAAAAUGAAAGGGCUGGCUUUUAUCCAGGAUCCUGAUGGCUACUGGAUUGAAAUUCUGAAUCCUAAUAGCAUGGUGACCCUGAUCUCUGUUUGAACUACUGCACCGUUACCUUUCAUCAAGAGGCUGAAAAUGCUUAACAGUCUCCUCCUGUUUGUAAGGUGUAUAUUUGAUUUAAGGGAAGAAAGUUUAUAUAGUCCCAAAAGCCCAUGUAGUAUACUCCAGUAGUCUCAUAUUAUAAUUCUCCUCCUGCUCCAUGUGUUUUUCAAAUUGGCCUAUUGCCCUAAAGAGGUUUUAGCAUAAAUAUUUGGAGGAAAUGGCCACAUUCAUACUGUUCUCCAAACUCGGGUUCUUACAUGCUUCCCCUCCUCUUUCUUCUUGCUUUGUGAGCAAGAAUAAAAUUGUCCAAAUAAAAUGUUAGUUUUGGGUAGGAAACAUUGCUGCAUUUGCAUUAUUUGCUAACAAAAGACAGGAAUGGCUAAUUACAUCUUUAACUGUAUGAAGAUGGCAAAUACUAAAAGAUCAUGAGCUGGAAGAGAAUACUGAAGUAUUUCUCCUUUUUCUUCUGAUUGCAAAUUGCUUUUAACCAUUGUGGAAAUUUAUUUGGGCUCUCUAUUUGGCAAUAAUCGGAAGAAUUUCAGGGCAUCUUGUAAAAUAAAUCUAUCUUGACCACUUCAUGCGGAUAAAAGAAGCUUACAGUGCAAUCCUAUAUAUGUCUACUCAGAAGUAAGUCCAUUGAUUUCUAGGGGGUCUACUCCCAGGUAAGGUAGGAUUGUACCCUUAUUCUGCAUUGCUGCUGAGCCCAACUGGUAGUGACAUUAAAAACACACUAUUCUAGAACAGGUACUCCACAUGCCUAUCACCCAAGUACACAAGAUAGUAUUUUCCUAUCAAGGAAAUAGCAAUGUAUGAUUAAAGAUGAGCAGGCAACGCCAUGCUCCCCAUGUGUUUCCUCAUUGACAUGAAUGCUAAUAACAGGUGCCCAGAAGAGUGGGAUGCCAACUCAUUUCUUUCCAGCUGGACACUUUUUUAAAAAACCAACCCCACACACUUUGACCACUACUAGUAAGUGCACUCAUACCAGCUGUUAAGACACUAGGUGAUACACAUUGACACUUUAAUUUU